AUGUCUUCGCAAACAACAGAGCCUCAGACGACGGUUACACCCAGCCGAAGAACUGCCACUUCAUCUCUUCUAGCUCUUCUUGUCGCCAUCACCAUCGCCCUAUUCUGGGGUGACACAGCCAAUCUGUUCGGACUACGACGUUUCUUUUCUGGGCAGACCGCAGCUCCAAUGACAGCUGCAUCGGUUGCCGCAGUCAACACCGCGCCUGGGACUCAAUCGCCCGGCAUGAAGACACCUAUUUACUUCCUUAGCCAUGGCGGCCCAAACGUGAUGUACGACGUUGAGCACCCAGCAUACCGCAAGCUAGCCCAGAUUGGCCGCGAAAUCACGACCAAGGUAAAACCACGGGCCGUGGUGGUAUUCUCUGCUCACUGGCAGGCCGGUCGUGAUACAAUCCAGGUCAAUACUGCUGAGAUGACCGAUUUGAUAUAUGACUUCUAUGGGUUCCCAGACCACUACUAUAAAGAGAAAUAUCCAAACGUGGGCAGUAAGGAGGUUGCGCACAAAGUGCUCGACCUGCUGAAGGAUGCUGGCAUUGCGGCCGAGGGCGUGAAGCGCGGGCUCGACCACGGUGUCUGGGCCAGCUUCAAGUGCGCCUUUGAGCCUGAAACGAAUCCGUUGAAGGUGCCGAUUGUGCAGGUUUCGUUAUUCAACUCCGAAGAUCCCGAUCAGCACUACCGAUUAGGUCAAGCGGUUGCUCGUCUCCGCGAGGAAAACAUCUUGAUCAUCGUUUCUGGAAUGGCGGUGCAUAACCUGCGUGAUCUGCGAUUUGCCUUUGGUAGCAAGACGCCACUUCCGUAUGCGGUUAGUUUCGACGAGGCGCUCAAGGAGGCUGUGACGACUGCCCCGGCUGAGCGGCAAAGGGCGAUGGCGAAUUUGUUGAAGCGACCGGAUGCGCGUCAGGCUCAUCCGUCCUUUGAACAUUUGCUGCCGAUUCAUAUCGGGGCCGGUGCUGCGGGUGAGGAUUUGGGCAAGAGGACUUGGACGUUCCCUGAAGGGAGCAUGAGUUGGGCGCAGUAUCGGUUUGGAGAGCUUGGGAAUGCUAGCUCGUUGUAA